UGUUUGCCAACAGACAAUAAAAAGCAAUGGCAGGCGGAAGAAGAAGAAGAAGAAGAAGCGGACGUUUACGAUAUACUUUUGGAAUACAGGAGUAAGAAGUCACACAAGUAGAUUAGCUGGUCUGUUGUGAGCACAGCGGUUAAAUGCAGGGUGUGUCUUUCAGAGAAAGCUGAAAUGUCUCACGUUAAGGAGUAUCUGGACAAAGUGACGCGCAUUUAUGAGCGCUACACGGAGUACGUGAGGAGAAACCCAGCUGCCACCGCGCAGCUGGAGAGUACCGUGCGCACUGUCUCUUACCUGCUCGCAGGGAGAUUUACAGAUUCCCAUGAAAUAUCUGAACUAGUGUACUCUGCCUCCAAUCUCCUGGUGCUAUUCAAUGACCACAUUCUGCGCAAAGGGCUGAGAUGUACCUUCCCUGUGUCCAUCUCUCAACAGAGGCUCCUGACGUGGCUGUCUGUGCUGGAGUAUGUGGAGGUCUUCCUGGAGAUGGGGGCCUGUAAGCUGUGGGGUGAAGUUGGACGAUGGCUUGUCAUUGGACUUAUUCAGAUUUUUAAGGCAGUUUUUCGGAUUGUGCUUCUUCUGUGGUACAAAUCUGGCAUCCAGACUUCACCUCCCAUAAUCCCCCUUGACAGAGGUGGAGACUUUUCUGGUGAAGAUGAAAGUAACACAGAGCAGCAGGAAGACACCUGCUUUGUGGGCCAGAGGUCAGGACGAGUCAUUAGGCCGCUCGGCAGUGCUCCCUCGCUGCAGACCCGGCUCUGGGGAGCACAGAGUCACAAAAAGCAAAGGAGCAGCUUAAAGGAAACACUCAACAGCCAACCAACACCUCUGGGGCUCCAAGAGACAAUUGCUGAGUCUGUGUACAUCGCACGACCCCUGGCGCACCUACUCUGCCUUGGACUCUUUGGAAAACAGUCUUGGAAGCCAUGGCUUAUCUCUGGAGUCCUUGAACUAUCCAGCUUCGCUGCGCUCAGCGACAUCAAAUUUCAAAAUCGAUGGGAGAGGGGCGAGAUGAGGAGGAGAGCCUUUCUGUUGUUCUACUACCUUCUGCGUUCCCCCUUCUAUGACAAAUACUCUGAGGAAAAGAUUCUGUUCCUGCUCAGACUUUUGGCUGAUCAUGUUCCAGGAGUCGGGCUUGUGGCACGUCCCCUGAUGGAUUAUCUCCCCACCUGGCAGAAGAUCUACUUCUACAACUGGGGCUAAAACCUGCACUCGGAUCUUUGACGUUUGCUAAUCAGCUGGAGAAACUGCACAAAGGACCCAUCAGUUGCCAGGAUGGAACAGAGACACAGACUCUUGCAAUAAUUCCUCAGAAAUCAGAUAAAAUGAUUGGAAAUGACUGGCCUGCAGUGAGGGACAAAAAUGAAAUCAUUACAGUUAUAAUUAAAAUCCCAGCGCUCAGCAGGUUUUUUGGUACACAAAAUAUGUCCUAAAUCUUUGCAGUGUAGACACACUAUGAGCCUGAUUUAUAGCAGAAUCUCUUUGAACUCCGCCCAUCAUUGCACUGCUUUAUCUGUCAAUAACAGAUGAUGUAUUUCAGCAGCUCGCUGCAGAGAGGAAGGUGGACCCAUGUAAAUACAGUGCGCCUACACGUUAUACAGGUUAAAGCAAAGCAUGUCUUCAUAAUACAUGAACUCAACACAAUUGCUCUCAUUUGCUGACAGUCUGCAUGCACAAAUAUAAUUUGUUAUUAUUGUUCUUGCUUUUUGGUAAUUUAUAGAUUUCCAAAUGCUCAAGAUUACAGUUGAAUAACCGACUGACAGGUUAGUCUGAGGUUAGCUGCAUUUUUUUCCUGUUUCUUGUGGUCUUUUUCUUUUUUUCAAAUCAACAUUAAAAUCCCAAAUCUGAA